CCGAGGUUACAUCGUGCCAUGGACGACAAAUGAAUGCCAAUGGUAGUAGUAGUUAGUGGUGGUGGUAAAUUACAAGUGGUGCGAACUUGGAUGCCCUACGACUCAUCGUCCAGAGUGUCGUCGUCGUCGCUCGAACAGGCUCCAUCGAGGCAUCGCCGUUGCCUUCGCGCCUCGGCAUCGCGUUUGUGUCGUUUCCGCUUGAAAUCUUCGACGGUGUCGAGCCUGCUCUUGCGCACAUCGAUCGCGUCGAAGCAAAAGUCAGUGAUUUCCUUGACUGGAUACGCGGCCGCUUUGAGCAAUGCGAUGCGUUCAACGUGGUCAAACUUUCGUACCGUUCCGUACGAAGCAGUGAGGUCGAGGCAUUGGGUAAGAUCCGUGUCGGUCGAGUCGCAGUGACGCCGCGCGAGGCCAAUAGGUGGUCCACUGUCGAUGGGGACGGCCGAUCCGCCGUACGCCACGUCGAAUAAGUAUGUCGUGGCAGUCGUGAAUUGAACGCGCUGGGUCAGGGUGCGCUUGCGUCGGCGGCGGGGCAGCGAGCCAAGUGGCAUGAGGGCUGGACCGAGUCGAGAUGUGUGUGAUAGAAC